AUGGAUGCUUCAAAUAGGAAGAAUGGGGAAGUGGAUGAUAAAGCUUUUGUAAGAAAUUUUGGGAAGCGAUCGGUAACGGGAAAAAAUAACCUGGUAACAAGAUACCGAGAUUAUUUUACUGGAAAAUUCCAAGGGAAAUUUAGGAAAAGUGAUCGCUUGGAUCAGAACUCUUUACCAAAGGAGAAUACCAAGUCGAAAUCAGAGCCAGUUUCAACAUCUCAAUUACAAUAUCAACCACAAAUCACAACCGAAAUCAUGUCUGCUGAAUCAUCCUCAACCCAGCCUGUCUGGACAUCUGAUACUUCCAAAACAAAACCAACAAUCAUUUCUGACAUCGAAUCUGCAACUCAUAGCAUCCAAGCCAUCUUCCGAGAUCUCAAAUCCAUCACUCCAGAGGAUGCAAAUACUUUACUCCAACUCUUCUCUUCGGAGAUCAAGGGUGUCCAAAAUGACAAUACGCUUCUUCUAGAAAAGACAGUACAAUUGCUAUCUUCUCAACCAGAAACUUCAGGAAUUGGAAAAAGUCUAACAGCAAGUUUUGUGAAUACUCUUUGGGAUGCUCUACCGCAUCCACCUAUGAGGAGUUUGGAUAAGAAAUAUAUGUAUAGGGAUGCAGAUGGUGGGAAUAAUAAUAUUCGGAUGCCCGAUUUAGGGAGAGCGGGGACGGCUUAUGCAAAGAAUGUUAAUGCUGUGAGAAUGAAGAAGAAGGAUUUACCUGAUCCGGGAGAGCUUUUUGAUAGUUUGAUGAGGAGAGGUGGAAUAGAUGGAGAAGAGCCGUUUAAAGGGAGUCCGACGGGUAUCAGUAGUCAGUUGUUUUAUUUGGCUACGAUUAUUAUUCAUGAUCUCUUUCUUACGGAUCAUGAAGAUAUGACUAAGUCCAAGACGAGUAGUUAUUUGGAUCUCUCACCUCUCUAUGGCUGCAAUCAAGAAGAGCAAAAUGCAAUUCGAACAUUUGAAGAUGGUAAACUCAAACCAGAUUGUUUCUCCUCAAAAAGAAUCUUAGGAUUUCCCCCUGGUGUGGGAGUUUUCUUAAUUAUGUUCAAUCGAUUCCAUAAUUAUGUUGUGGAAAUGCUUGCUCAAAUUAACGACAAUGGCCGUUUCACCAAGCCCAAGCCAGAGGCGGAAAAAUCUGCUUUUGAUAAGUACGACAACGAUCUCUUCCAGACAGGUAGACUUGUUACUUGUGGCUUGUAUGUCAAUAUCGUUUUGAAGGAUUAUGUCCGUACGAUUUUAAAUCUCAAUCGUACAACUUCGAAAUGGGAUUUAGAUCCGAGAGUUGAGGAGGCAAAGAAUCUUUUGAGUAAUCCUGCUGCCGAGGGGGUGGGAAAUCAAGUCUCUGCUGAAUUUAAUUUGAUUUACCGUUGGCACUCAGCUAUCUCUCAAAAAGAUGAAGAAUGGACCAACGCAGAAUACACCAGACUCUUCCCUAAUAAAAGUCCAGCUGAUGUCACGCUUCCCGAACUUCUCAGAGGUCUUUAUACGAUGGAGGCGGAACUUCCUACCGAUCCUUCUCAACGCUCUUUUGCAAACCUUACCCGUCUUCCCGAUGGAUCAUAUGAUGAGGGAUCUCUCGCAUCAAUUUUCCAAUCAUCAGUAGAAGACCUUUCUGGUGCCUUUGGUGCCGCAAAUGUUCCACCUAUCAUGCGUUCUAUCGAAAUUCUCUCCAUCAUACAAAGUCGUUCUUGGAAUAUGUGCACGCUCAAUGAAUUCCGUUCUUUCGUGGGAUUGACACCUCAUAAGUCAUUUGCCGAUAUAAAUCCAGAUCCUAUCAUUGCAAAACGAUUGAAGGAAUUUUAUGGCAGUCCUGAGGAUCUGGAAUUGUAUCCGCGGGUGGUCGUCAGGAAAACUAAACCCCCCGUGGUACCCGGUAGUGGUUUGUGUACAGGAUAUAAUGAAGUACAAUUCGAUACCAAUAUCGAUGAUGGUGCUGUGCUUUACAAAUUAGUCCUUCGAGCUUUCCCGAACUACUUUGAGGGAAAUUCUAUAUAUGCUCAUUUUCCAUUCACAACACCUGAAGUUAACCGUGAGAUUCAAAAGAGCUUGGGAAGAGAGGGGUUGUAUAGUUGGGAAGUUCCAAAAAAGAAGGCAGAGCUGUCGAGCGUGCAGACUUGGGAUGAAUGUAAGGGGAUUUUGGAGGAUUCGGUUAAUUGGAAGGUAACAUGGGGUCCACCAAUCUCUGUUUUGACUUCGCAAGAAUCUAGCGACUCUUCAAAAACCGACAGUUCACCCGCUGUUCUACCCUUCUGUCUCGCAGGUGAUGCUCCUGUAAAUGCUACCUCUCGCUCUCUUAUAAUAUCUUCUUUCUAUAAUCUUCCAACUGGUCAUGAUCAUAAAAAUGAUAAAGAACAUCCGGAUUGGUCAUCUGCACUCAAUCAGUUCUACACGGAUAAUACGGCCGAUUUGUUCGAAAAACAUAAAGUUCUCAUUCCGACUGUUAGCACCUCCGCUUCUACCAAUGAAACUAGCACAAUCAGCAAAACCUACAGAGUUGACAUCGUAUCCGACAUCUGCAAUCGCGUCUUUACUCGUUUUGCAGCUGGUGUUUUCGAUAUCCCACUGAAACUCGGAAUGGGAAAUACAGUCGACGUGAACAUAACUACAGACCCCGAAGAAGGAUACACAGAAGAAGAAUUAUAUGACUCACUUUCCGUUGCAUUCAUCUGUAUCUUCAACAAUCUCGACGUUACGAAAUCUUUCGCAGUAGAUCAACAAGCUCGAGCUAUAGCUAAGAAACUUGGAGAUAUUUUGAUGGAGAGGACGAAGGAUGGGAAGAUUGGUGAAGCUUUUGAUGGGUUGAAGGAUAAGUUGCAUAGUUUGGUUUUUGAUGAUAAGACUGAGAGACAUGUUGAAGGGUGGGUUCAGAAGGAGAAGGAAAGAUUGGCGUUGAAGGGGUAUGGGAGGGAAAUGGUUGAGAGGUUUAUAGAGGGGGGGAAGAAGUCUUCCAACUUCAGCAGCAAUGACGGCAAAUCAAUCUCAGCUUCUUUCUCAAGUUAUAGAUUAUUACCUUAUUUCCUCGAAGCAACCCGAAUCCACGGAAACGUCGCCUUACUCCGUCUUUACUCCCCAUCUCAAACCACUUCUCAAACCCCCACAUCCACAUCCCCAUCCAAAUCCACCACCUACACCCCAGGAACCGUCUACCUCCUCAACCUCCCCCUCGCUCAACACGACCCUACCGCCUUCCCGGACCCAGAAACCGUCAAGCUCGAUAGAAAUCUAAAUUCCUACCUCACAUUCGGACAGGGAAGACAUGAAUGUUUGGGAAAAAAUGCUGCAUUGAUGGGUAUGUUGAGGGUGUUUAGGAUUAUUAUUGGUUUGAAGGGUUUGAGACUUGAUGUGGGGAAGAAUGGAAUGGUGAGUGGAGGGAUGAAGAGUGUAGGACAAGGAUUGGAAUUGGGUACCAGUACUCUACUCUUUCCUAACAUCUCACUCACUCUCACUCUCACUCUUACUCCUAGUUAUUUACUUUCAAAAAGUGCGAAAAAAAGACUGGAUGAGAAGAAGAAGAAGAAGAAGAAAGGUUUUGAAGAAAGUAUGAAGUAA